CGGUACUCCAAGUCAAGAUGGUGAGCCUCAAGGAGCGAGCAAGAGAAUUGGAAUUGACCAGGAGAAAAGACUUUGACCCAGAAGACGAUUCUUUUCGCCGCGCAGACGACGAUGAUGAUGACUCCGAAGCCGAAGAGCCAGUAGAUGGCGAGAAUGGUCGAGAACAUUAUGAAACUGUGGGAAAGAGCACACUCCGAGAACCGGAACAGGUCCGCCUGGGAGCAAAAUAUGGCGGCGUCGCAGUCAGUCGCAAAGACUUGGAAAAUGAAGACGAAGAUGAAGACGAUCCAUUUGCGCCCGAGGAUGAGGACGAUAAAGAAGAAGAUCCUUUUGCGAAACCAAAGGACAACCUGAGCGACGAUGACGCAUCAGACAUACUCGCCGAUGGGAAUAUGGGUUCAGACGUCGACGAAGACUCUGAAAUCGAUAGCGAUGAAGCAUUGGGUGAAAGUGAUGUUGAGAGAUUUAAGAACUUUACGUUUCGAGGCAGCAAGAGGAACCGCCUGGCUCCGACGGCAGAGGGCGAGUCAGGCGACGACAAUGACGAAGACGAAGACUCGGAACUGUCAAAAGACUUGCCAGAAGAAGACUCGGACCUCGACAUGGACCAGAGCGACGAAGUAGAGGAUGAUGACGAUGACGAUGACGAUGACGACGACGACGACGACAGGGAUGAUUCGUCUUCAAUAUCAUCCGAAGAUACACCACAAAAUGCUGCCCGGAAAGCUCUACGGCACGUCCUCUCUUCUUCCACCGCGGGUCUUGCAUCGACCCUCUCCGCGGGCGCCAACGCGGACGUGAAAAAGGGCCACGCGGUCAAGAAACAACGACAGACAUUCGACCGCCUCCUCGACGCCCGCAUCAAACUGCAAAGGGGGGUCACGGCGACCAACGACCUCGACGGUGCUGCUCUUUCCGAUGAUCAAGUCAAGGCCGCGGCUCAAAAGGCCGAAGAAGCAGCUUUGUCGCUCUGGUCGACGAUCGACUCGAUCCGCUGUACCAUCCUAUCUGCGCAAGAUGGUGGGUCUACAAAAUCACGCAAGAGACCACUCGACGCGACCCGGUCCACGUCUCUAGCGGAACUCUGGAACCACACCCGGGAUCUCGAAACCGCAGUCCAUCCUCUGCGUCGAAGCACGUUGGACAAAUGGCACGCCAAAACCCAACCGGCCAUCGACACUGCUCCACGGUCGAAAUUACUCGGCAAGCAGCAACGGCCGUCGCAAUCGCGCUUCACGAGCGUCCUCGACACUUACCUCACGUCCGAAGCGUCGAAGCUGGUCGCCUCGUCCGCGCCGGCACCGGGCACGUUCGACGACGGUACCUUUUACCAAGCCCUCCUUCGCGACCUGAUCACUUCACGAAACGCGAAUGCGAACGCGGACGCGACCGGCACUGCCGCAGGAGAGCCGUUGCUGUUGCCCGCGAAACUCAAAUCGGACAAGAACAAGAACAAGGUGGUCGAGACAAAGGCCUCCAAGGGCCGAAAGGUGCGGUACACGGUCCAUGAGAAGCUGGAGAAUUUCAUGGCCCCAGAGGACCGAAGCACGUGGGAAGACGCGGCGAGGACCGAGUUUUUCGCCAGCCUGUUCGGCAACAGGGGGGCCCUGGACGAGGCCGCCGCCGAUCGUGGAGAUGGGCAGAGUGAUGACGACGAGGACGGUUCCGCCGAGGUUGAAGCACUCAGGUUGUUUAGGAGUUGAGACUACAAAAUGUCAGUUACCUAGGUGGGUCAAUGGUGACCGUACCACAGCA